UCCAUGAAACACAUGUACACACGUACUUCUCUAAGCUUUUAACUUAAUUAAGGUGUGGUGAUUAAUCAAUAUAGAAGAAUUGGAUUGGAUAUGGGUUAUUUGGAUCAUAUCUCGGACCUCUGUGCUGUGACCAUUACAAGAAAAGGCAAACGCAAACCUUUUGAGACAGUUGAUAUCAAGGUGAAGAUGGACUGUGAUGGCUGCGAAAGGAGAGUAAAGAAUGCUGUUUCUUCGUUAUCAGGCGUAAAAUCGGUGGAUGUAAACCGAAAACAAAGCAGGGUAACAGUGACAGGUUAUGUGGAACCACAAAAAGUCUUGAAGAAAGUCCAGAACACCGGAAAGAAAGCUGAAAUGUGGCCAUAUGUACCCUAUAAUCUUGUCUAUUACCCUUAUGCUCCUCAAGCUUAUGACAAAAAAGCACCUUCAGGCUAUGUUAGGGACGUUUCUCAAGCAUUUCUUAGUCCUAAUAAUCCCACCGAGAGGCUCACUACUCUUUUCAGUGACGAAAAUCCAAAUGCAUGUUCGAUUAUGUGAAUGACACCUUGUCAUACCACGUAGCAUUCUUGAGUUAGUGUAAGGGGUGGAAUAUGUAGAACUUCAUAGUUUCUUGUACGCUAUUAAUUAAUAAACUUCGAUUAUCAUAUGGUUAUAAUGUUGAAUAUAUUAAU